AUGGUGCUGCCAUAAGUGACAGAGAACAACAGAGACAUUAAAGGGGCAGUUUGGUGGCUGAACUGCAGACAUGACGAGAGCCGACCAGCAGUAGGAGACGUGGGAACUGAUGCAAGUUUAUCACCAGCUCUGCGUCUGACAGAAGGGUUGGACUUGUGGAGAUAGACAGCCUGAAGUGGUGUAUAUCAAGGAGAUAAGCUAGAUCGAUGAAGACACCUGGCAUGGCGGUAUUCAAGCAACAGAAUGUGGAUGAUUUCUAUGAAAUUGGAGAAGAACUAGGAAGUGGGCAGUUUGCAAUAGUCAAGCGCUGCAAAGAGAAGAGCACAGGCACUGAAUAUGCUGCCAAGUUCAUCAAGAAGCGCCAGAGUCGGGCCAGCAGACGGGGCGUAAGAAGAGAGGAGAUUGAGAGGGAAGUGGGCAUCCUGCAGGAGCUCCAGCACACCAACGUCGUAGCGCUGCACGACGUGUACGAGAACCGCACGGACGUGGUGCUUAUCCUGGAACUGGUCUCUGGAGGAGAGCUGUUUGACUUCUUGGCUCAGAAGGAGUCUCUCAGUGAAGAGGAGGCCACUCAGUUUAUCAAACAGGUCCUGGAUGGAGUCCAGUACCUUCACUCCAAGAGGAUCGCACACUUCGAUCUAAAGCCUGAGAAUAUAAUGCUGCUGGACAGGAACGUUACCCUGCCCCGCAUCAAACUCAUAGACUUUGGACUGGCGCACAAAAUAGAAGCUGGGGCAGAUUUCAAAAAUAUUUUUGGCACUCCCGAAUUUGUUGCUCCAGAGAUAGUCAACUAUGAGCAACUGGGAUUGGAGGCAGACAUGUGGAGCAUUGGAGUCAUCACAUAUAUACUUUUGAGCGGCGCGUCGCCUUUCCUUGGAGACACAAAGCAGGAAACACUGGGGAACAUCUCUGCCAUGAACUAUGAGUUCGAUGAAGAGUUCUUCAGCAACACGAGCGAGCUGGCCAAGAGCUUCAUCAAACAACUUCUGGAGAAGGACACGAGAAAACGGAUGACCAUACAAGACGCCCUCAACCAUCCCUGGAUUAAGCCUCUGAAUCCCAGACAGGCCAUGGUGAAGAGGUUGUCAGUGGUAAACCUGGAGAACUUCAGGAGACAGUACGCCAGACGCAGGUGGAAGUUGUCAUUCAGAAUUGUGGCUCUGUGCAACCACUUAACGCGGAUCAUGAAGAAGGGCAACAAGCUGCCUGAGCAAGAUGGGAGAGAUUGUGAAAGUGACCAAGAAGAAGAAAUCUUGAAGAGAAGACCAAGGACCAGAAAGAGAAGCAGCACUUCCUGAGAGCAACAACCAGCAACAAGUGUGUUGAUCGACAGUGUUCCGGUUACAAAACAGUGUGACUUUGCACCUUUUUGACGCACACUUAGCAGCUGACACUUUGCACUUGACAUAGAGAACCAGCAACAGUAUCUUUUUGAUUGGCGGCUGAUUAUGCAGCAUUUUUACUGGUCGAGGCAACUUUGUUUAUCUUUUUCACCCUCAAAACCAUCUGAUGAUAGAUGGCGUUCUGCCAUUUCUAAAUUGGAGCUACUGUUUUCUGGCAUGAGAAGAUACAACUGUAUUAUUGUUGACAGGAACUGAGAAGCCAAUGUAAGCACAUACACAGUAAUGUAGGCAGCUUCCCCUCAUAACUGCAGUCUUAAAAGUCUCUGAGCUGUCGUUUGACAUGCGAGUAUUGACACAGAGUUAAAGUCUUUUCUUGUCAUUGUGCCGACUGCAUGUGAGGACAAGAGGUGUAUUGUCCAAAGUAUUGACAGAUAAAAGGGUCUGGUACCGCAGGAUGACAAGAUGGUAGCAGGUCUUCAUAACCAAAUGUUUACAUGUUCUUCAUCUUAACAUACAGCAAUGUCUGUGUAAACACAGUGUUUACUGUUAACCUCUUCAUUUGCCACAUCAAGAAUAAUUACCUGAAACCUGUACACUAUACAGAUCUAUCUGUGUACUGUAUUGAGUAUAGGACAUUUGAAUUUCUGUAAAUUACUGUCUAAGGGGAUAAUUAUAGCAUUUCAUUUUAUGUCUAUAUAAAGACAGUAAAUACUUAAUAUACAUAUGUGAAACAAAUUUCACUGUUAAAUUUUUAAUGGAAUUAUUAGUUCUUGUUAGUGUCAAUUUGUUUAUGGUGUAAAUAUACAUAAACGUAAGUCAAAUGUCUUAAGUCCAGUUUUACUUGUAUCUUAGCUCAUUCAAAAAAAAACAUUCACUGUUUUCAACACAAAAAUACA